GACAAGCAGAAACUGCACCAUUCGUCGAGUCAAAGGCCACGAGUACGCUUCACAACGGGUCAUCUCCUAUUCUUUUUUACGUUGCGAGACUCCAGCAGUCACUCUCCUGUAAUAGUGUGGAUCAGGACUAUCCUGUCGUUCCGUGGAUUCUAUCCGUAUCUCCCGGACCAGAACUUGCUGCUGUUCUCUGGACAAGCCAGUCACCUCACUUGUUUUGGCUACCAUUGUGGUCGAAAAAGUACAGCCAAUUUCCAGAGACUCGGUUGGCUGUUUGACACUGCCCUAGUUGUCACGUUCGGAAUGUCUUCCUCAAGGAACACGUCAGAAGCAGAAGGCCACCAAGGGAUGACGGGAGCUCAACUACCCAGCUACACGAUGCAGUAUUUUCCGCCGUUGGACUCACAAUGUCCAAAGAUGCCUACUGUACAGGCAUUCGAUGGGACACAUCAACAGGCACAGACAGGGCUGCAAGCUGCAGAGACAUAUGUCGGUCCAGUACAGCCUGAUCCCAACAAUAGCUUAACUCAGCCUAUUGCAAACCAACCGCAGCCUGUUGGUCAGCAGCACAGCCUUAUUGGACAACCUAUCAACACUGGUGGCUUCAGUAAUAUUAUGGGGCUUAGACCAUCAUUAGUGGAGUCAACACUGGGUCUCCCACCACAGCCUCAACCAACCAUUGGUCUUAUGUCAUCACCAGCACAAUUUGCGAUUCUCUACAGCCAGGAAAUGAGUCACCCCUUCCAUGCCACUGCUAGCAGCUAUCUGCCGAGUAGUGUCCCAGGAAUGCACGGCAGUAUGGCCAGCUCUAACCAUCCUGCGGAAAUGCACGCCGGCUUUCCACAGACCCCACUGAACGAUCUAGCACAAGGCGUCGAGUAUCAACCGGAAAACCCCUCCGCCCCUCCACUGUUUGGCGGACAUCCCAGAAAUCUGUGCGAAUGGCGUGUAAACAACGGUCUACAAUUGUGUGGGUUGGCUUUCUAUAGUGUCACCGAACUAGCGCAGCACAUAAGCAACGCUCAUCUCCAGCAACAGGACACUACCGAAAAGGAGGAUGGCAACAUGCACAUCUGCCACUGGGACCAGUGUUCACGCAAGAGAGGAUUUAAAGCUAAGUACAAGCUUGUCAACCAUAUACGAGUUCAUACAGGUGAAAAACCCUUUGUCUGCAAUCAUCAAGACUGCACACACAAAGCAUUCGCAAGAUCCGAAAACCUGAAGAUACACUACAGAGUCCACACAAAGGAAAAGCCGUUUGCCUGCACCUUCCCGGACUGUAAGAAAAGAUUCGCAAAUUCCUCGGAUCGAAAGAAGCACAUGAACGUGCACACGAAAGAUAUAACCUACCAAUGCAGGGCAGCAGGAUGUACGAAGAGAUAUACACACCCGAGCUCGCUUAGAAAGCACUCCAAGCAGCAUGAUGCUCGAAAUGCAGCCAAUGGCGGAAAUGCUCUUUCCUACAGUACCACGGACACCAGCGCAGAGAACAGUGACUUGACGUCUGCGGAUGGUUCUAUUGCUGCGGACGGAGAAAGUGAUCAUGGCAGUUCGAUUUCAUCCGAUGAGGUACUUGCAGACCAGCACCACCACCAUCAACAACAAGAAGAACAGCAGCAGCAGCAUCACCACCAACAUCAACAAAAAGGUUUUGCACUUGUGACUUGCAUGGACCAGUGUCAGCCUGCACAGCCGCAACACUUACCACUGGGAACAUCCUCAAGGAUGCUGACUGUGAAUUCAACAUCCACGUCAUCUUUGCCUCAGUUACCUUAUCAUUUGCACUCUGCCCAGGCUACUGCUGGUAGUGAUUUGGUCAACAGUGCACUGCCGACGCCCACACACACACAGCUAUCGCUGGUGGCUCACACACCGCAGCACCAGUCAUCACCUGUGUCUCAGACGCACAACCAUCAGGCACAGAAGCACUCUCUCCCAUCGCCGAUGCAGCUGCGCCAGCAGCAUUUUGCACAGCAUUCGGCAACUGCUCAGCCAACACUAUUUCAUGCAGGACAAUUGCUGCACCCCGUACCGCCCUCGCAGGUCGCUCACUCUCUGUCAGCACAAAGACACCUACCAAAAAGGCAUUACUAAGCAAACAAACAUUACACGGCUUGAAAACACUGUUCUCAUGAGCUGGACAACUGCCUUUUCAAAAUGGCGCUGCAGCCAGCUUCGUGAAUGGAUGUGUUAACAACUGUCAAUAAGGUUUUUAAGGCACAUCAUCACUUUCAACCAAACAAUUGCGUAAUUAUUAUCAAAACUCCUAAGUUUUACGGAGUUCACAAUUUUUUUAUAAUAACCUAAUUCAAUAAAGAGGUAUGAAGUGUACAGAUGCAAGUUCAAUACUCGCUUUUGUGAUAUUGAAUUAUCGUAUCAACGCUGUCCAACGCUGAAUGUUUUUAAGGUUAUUUCAUUAUAGAUGGAGCUGGGUUAUUGCUUAUUAGGCUGUGGAACUUUGUCAAUCAGACGACUGCCACAUUUGUAGAAGUUCCUUUUUCAAAUGUCUUGUCAAUUUCAUUUUCCGCACGUUGUCUUCACUAACAUUACCCAUGAUGCUGGCCAUAUGUAUAUAGCGUCAGUAGAAUUGCAGCUCAACAUCCUAAUCCGCACUGCCUUCAGUCUGGUUUCUACCCACUCACUGUCAGGAUCGGGUAUUUCCCCUCCAAUUAGUAACCAUAGUACCCGUUUCUUUUUAGUUCACUUUUUCGGCUGAUCUGCUCAUCCCGCAGAAAUGUGUCAAUACUAAUGCUGGCCUAACAGAUUCUACAACUGCUGAAGAAAGUCUUGUCUUAUGCGAUGAGCCUUCAAACACUCAUAAUUAUCGUAUCUCUGUUCAAAAUAAUGGGAUGGAGUU